GAACAAACGAUUUUGUAAGAUUCCUUGACUAGAACACGGAAGUAGGAUUAGAAACGAGUUUGUUUUGGCAAUAAUUUAGUGGAGUAAAAAUAAGACAUACUGACUGAACUAAAUAGGCCACCCAACUCUCAUUCGACUGAAAAUGUCUAAACUACAAUUGUUGCGUUUGUUUUUAAAUGAGCGUUUAACGGCGGCUGCUGUGGAGAUUUUCGGUGCAGUUGAGAAAACGGUAGUGGAGUACCAGGAGGAGAAUGAUCAGCUACGGAGACUGCUGCGGAUCACACCGGAGAUAAAACUAUGUAGAACAGACUCCCUGCAGCUCUCUGUCUCUGAAGAGGAGGUUCCCCCUGAGCAGCAGCACUGUGAGCAGGAGUGGAGCCCCAGCCUGGGGCAGGAGGACCCAGAGCCCACACUGAUUAUAGAUGAAGAGGAGGAAGUCAGGACCAGUCAGGAGGAAGAGCAGUUUCAAGGUCUGGAGCCUGAUAUAGAGUUCAUAUUCACUCCUUCCUGUGUGAAAAGUGAAUGUGAUCAGGAGGACCCACUUUGGUCCUUGACUCUUCCCCAAACCCAGACUGUGGAGAACAGAGAGAGUCACUCUAAACCAGUGGAUCUCAAACCUUUUGGGACUGUGACCCACAUUAAGGGUCUCUACAUUCCCUGUGACCUUCCAGAUAAUCAGAACAAUGCCUCCAGCCACAGCUCAGCCGUAAGCAGCGACCUAGUAGGGCUUGACAUCAGACCACCAUUUGAUCCCAACGCACCAAUGGGGGAACCCUGCAUCUGCCCCUUUUGUGGCAAGACCUUCAAACAAAAAGGAAAUCUAUCCAUGCACAUGAAGAUUCACACAGGAGAGAAACCGUUUAGCUGUGGUGACUGCGGGAAACGCUUCAAUCGCAAGGAGCACUUAACCAGACAUAUACGCAUUCACAGAGGAGAGAAACCAUUCAGCUGUCAUUUUUGCUGUAAAAGCUUCAAUCAGAAAGGGGACCUAAGGAGACACAUACUGACUCACACAGGAGAGAAACCAUUUAGCUGUGGUGACUGUGGGAAAGGCUUCAUUCGCAAGGAGCAUCUAAUUGCACAUAUACGGACUCACACAGGAGAAGUGUCGGUCUCAAGCAGAACCUAACCAUGCAGAAACUGGCAAAUAGAUCUCUGAUGGAUUUACUGUCAUAAAAACAUUGUAUGUAAAUAAAGUUUGAUUUGAAUGAUGAGGUAAUGAUCAAA